UUUUUUUCCAUGAACUCAAGCACAGGAGCUCGCCGACGGGGCACAUUUCAAUUGCCCAGGAGCUAGCUUACCUUGCUGCUCAGAUUCUCCUCCCAUUACUCCUCCCCUCUGGGCUCUCUCUCUCUCCGUCUCUCAAUGGCACACACAAUUGAAACCCUUCCAGAAUCCGAACGGACAAAGGAAAUGGAUGAGCCGGAGAAGCAGCAGCAGAAGAAGAAGAACAAAAUCACCUGCCGAGGGAUUAUGUCAUUCAAAUGAUUCUCUCGUGUUUUGCCACCUGCCUCAAGGUAGUUGAUUCUUGGUUGACAGCAUUCCGAUGGUUCAACAGAUCCUCAGUCAACAGCCUGCUCAAAGCAAUAGAUCAUCUUCAGAUUUCUGAUGCUAGGGAUGGAGAUGUUAUUAUUCUCACUUUGAGGCUUCCCAGAACAGUGCCAAGUAGGGUCAGUUUCAGUACAAAUAUCAAAAUCCUUGUUGGAUUCUGCAUCUUUGCUUUAGAAAUCUUUUAUGUUUCCUUCCACAAUGAACCCAUGAACCAGGAGAUGAGGGCGCUUUUGAACUUAAUGCUUUUUACUGGUUCCAUGAUGUUUAUUAUUUCAAUUGAGAUGUCACAACUUGUUCCCCAUAGACUCACACUGGAACAACGAAGGCUCAUCCGUCUGGUUGGGUGGCUUCAAGAAGCCCUAAUUCUUUUAGUGUUUGUUACCAUGGUUUACUGGAUCUUAGGAACACCAGUGGUACCACCAGUGACUUUUGCUACCUCUAGGUAAUGGUAAAUCUUCUUUAUAGUUUCAUUCUUGAUGUGCAGUUGUGUAAUUAAUUCUUUUUAGUAUAGUUGUUUAUUCUAGUUGAUUAUUCAAUUAGAUGGCUUUUGUAAGUAAUUGUUUGUGAUAUUAUUAGUGUGAAUGAACCAUGUAUUCUUCA